CUAAAAAAUAAAAAAUUAGCUCCUUAUGGUGCUCGUAACUCGCAGUCUAUUUUGUGGUUCAAACUUCACACUCUCUCUCUCUCUCUCCCUCCCUCCUUCAACAUCUACAAGAUUUACAUCAUUCAUGGCUUCUAUACUUGCAAACCUGCCGCCGGUCCUGUUUGCCGGAGUAAGACAAACUCUUCCAAAGACUUCUCUUAACUUUACAAUGCCCUCCAUUGCUGAGAAGAAGGAUCGACUCACCAUUGUUGCCAAAGCCACUAGUGAAAGUUCUGAAAGCUCUCUGACUAUUGUUAAGACAGUGCAAAAUGUUUGGGAUAAACCUGAAGAUCGUCUUGCUCUAAUAGGAUUUGGAUUUGCAGGAAUUGUAGCUUAUUGGACAUCCUUAAAUCUGGUUACGGCUAUUGACAAGCUUCCUCUUUUGCCAAGUGUGUUUGAAUUGGUUGGGAUCUUAUACUCUACGUGGUUUGUGUAUCGAUACCUUCUGUUCAAACCAGACAGGGGAGAGUUGUAUAGAUUGGUGAAUAAAUCUAUUGCUGAUAUAUUGGGCCAGUAAUAUGCGCAUUUAAUGUUUGUUAUUGCAUAUUCUGUAAUAUAAUAUAUGUAUAAUGUAAUGUAACCUAAAUAAGAGGGAAAACAAUGAAAUAAAGAUUGUUAAUUUUGUUUUCGUGAUUUA